CUUUGCCCCAUUUGGUGAGUCCGCCCCUACUAGGAAAUGAGGGCUUCCUGUUGCUUUACACAGCCUUCCUGCAAAAGGUUGAGAUAUGUAAUUCUUACCCAUCAGGGAAGAGGAGAAGAACAUUAGGCAAAAUGACACUCACCAGAUUCUUAGUUAUGUAUUUCAGAGUUUUUAUGCCUUUUUUCAUCUGGGCAAGCACAGCAGUGGUAUGUCAAAGUGAAGAAAAGGUAACUGUGCAUCCGACAGUAACAGUAGAGUUUAACUCAACAGACAGGAUGAUGACUCUUAAUGCCACUGGACAGUUUGUUUGUGAAGUUGAGUCAGAUGGAAUGGGCUGCCUCUCCGACAUGUUUGCUGUUUACUGUGUGCAAAGUUUUAAGCUUGCAAUGGCAUCACUGAACGAAACCGACUGGUGCGUUUGGAGUAAGGUAAACAGUUGGUACAGCAACCUAAGCAUGUGUACAGAAGACAUAUGUGACUUAUACUUCAUCCCAUGGCCCAACCGUGUGGUGGAACAGACCUUUUUGGACAUUCAUUCCCUUUUUUUCAAGGAUUGUCCCACAGAUGAGCUAAGUGACCCACCACCUGCCAUCAUGUUUGCUUUGGUCAUCACGCCCAUCUGCCUGAUCCCUGUCAUGGUUAGCCUGGUGGUACUUAAGACCAAAAAUGGGGAUGGCAACUCCUGAUAACCUAGAAUCUCUGCUCAGCUAUGUUCUCUCUUUUUCCCUAACCUUGUUUACAGACUGCUCAUACACUUUCAUCUCAGUAGAGACUGAAUCUUUAGAUCUUCUGCACUUCACAACUUAAAUUAGCCACAUAGACAUGGUUGGCACUAUCUCAGAGAUAAUGUUCUGUGGCAUCACAGCUGUUUCUCUUAGGUGACAUACUUCUUAAUACAGACAAACACUGUCAGAAACUAUGUUCUGUACUAUACUGUAUCUCAUUUACUGUGACAAAAAUGUUUUGUUUUAAACCACUUGACACUAGAGUUGGCCAUUGCUUGAAGCAUUGGUCAUCUCUUGUUUGCUCACAGUAUUUCAUUUAUACUGGAGAACCCAAUAUUCGUGAUUAGCCUGACGAAAGCUCCGGAGCUUGUUAAAGUAGAAACAAAAUUUGUAUUGACACUUUGUUUUAUGCAAGAGACUCGGGCUGAUGAAAGACAAGGUAAAGUUUAUUACUGAGCUGCUUUUGCAUUCAUAGACAAUGUUUUGUUAGUUUUUUUGCUGUUAAACUUUGAGCCUAAAAAUAUAAAAUAU